AUGUCGCAAACGAACGACAAGAUCAUCAAGAGCCUUUUCGAGGACAACAAAGACGCUCCCUGGGCCCACCUCAUGCAAGACUUCGUGCAAGUAAACAAGGCACGUGGUGGAGAUGUUGUGGUCACCGUCACGGACGAGGCGACUCGCCUUGGCAUGAGCGGGCAGUCCAUCCGGCUCCUCGGCAAGGAGUUCUCUGUGGUGGCUUCCUCGACGACGGGCAAUCGGAACCCGUCCCAACGGCAACAUGACGACCUACACGACCUGUACUACAUGGACAUUGUAGGCACGCGCUUCAACUUUGAUGCGCGAGCCGUCCUCAACGCCCUGCGUCGCUUGAAGACUAAUCCAGUCUUCAUCAGUUACAAACUCGCGUACUCGUCUUCGACACAAAAGUCCAAUACACAUCCCAAUAUUUGGCGGGUGUAUUUUAACACACCCUCUCAGCCAGUGGCGCUGCUGGUGAAGGGGCACCCGGUAGACCAAAUCAUGCUGCACGGGACAAACUCACUGUAUUGA